ACAGAUGGGGACUCUAUAUAAGCUAUGAUCACAGGAAGACGUGAUAGACGUGCACUCCUACCUGAGUGAGCUCUAUCCUCUGUGAAGACUCUCUGUCAGAAAGGAAAGAAACAAGGAACCAGAGGAAGAGGUAGUCCUGCUCACAAACAGCUCCGAGGCCUAGUGACAAACUUGACAUGUUUUUUGGUCUCCCACGUACUACUUCAGGAUACAUUCGCUACUUGCAGACGUCAGCAGUGCAGACUGUGAUCUACAGGGCACACAAUCUUGUAGUGCCGAGGUUGGCUGUUGUUCUGGGUGCUUUGGGGUUUGCAAUGUCCGGAUACAGCUCUCGCCAACUCACUAUUCACCACCGACCCUCCACUAGCAUCCUUCAUUGGCUGUCCAAACCCGCCAUUAAUGUUGAGAGUCCAGGAUCCCCAUCAGCCCGAGCCCGUAAGGCUCAAGCCAAUGCUGCCAUGGCAUCCAUCAAAAAAGAUGAAGAGGAUCAACCAAUCAAAAACACAGGUGGCAUCGAGCAGCCUGUGAAGACAUCAACUGCCGUAUAAAGAAAAAACGUUAGCCAUACAAGGUCUUACUGUGUAAGAUGGAGCAUUAGUCAAUAAUUUAGUCAGUAGGGGAAUGUGCCUUUGUACAAGAAAGCCGGUUUGCCCUGAUUAGUUUGUGUUUAUUUAUGAGGUCGGCCACAGUUGCACAAAUGAUUCAGCAGAUCUGUAUUAAUGACCAAGUGUUGGUCAUAUAUUGAAUUGACAUGUUUGUGAAAAUUACUUGAAUUUUUUUUUAAAUC